AACCAAAGAUGUGUAGAAGUUAAAUUCUUUGGUAUUUUAAGAAUUACAGAUUAAAUAGGAAAAGAAGCCAUUAAAAGUGACUUCUUUAACCUUUAUUCCACUCAAGUAUCAGUGGCAAGAACUAGUACAAAUACAUGCUCUUGUUUGCUCAAGAACUCACACAUUCCUUGUCUGUAUUUCUAAUUUCAUUUGCAAACAUGGUUUCAUCUUCUGUUCCACCAGCUCCAAAGGAAGUUCCUUCGGAAGAGAAAUGGGCAGAAGAUGGUCCUCCUCGCGAAGCGAAAUGGUGGUACUCAACCUUUCACACAGUCACAGCCAUGGUUGGUGCUGGUGUUCUCAGUCUGCCUUAUGCCAUGGCCUACUUAGGAUGGGGUCCGGGGACAGUGGUGAUGAUCUUAUCAUGGUGCAUAACCUUAAACACAAUGUGGCAAAUGAUACAACUCCAUGAAUGUGUGCCUGGAGUUCGUUUCGAUCGGUACAAGGAUCUUGGAAAACAUGUUUUUGGACCAAAACUUGGGGCAUGGAUAGUGCUUCCACAGCAGCUGAUUGUUCAGGUCGGUUGUGACAUUGUGUACAUGGUUACUGGAGGAAAGUGCCUGCAGAAAUUCAUGGAGAUUGCUUGUACUAAUUGCACCAGAAUAAGACAAUCCUAUUGGAUUUGCAUCUUUGGUGCCAUCCAUUUCUUUCUGUCACAGUUACCAAAUUUCAAUGCUGUCUCUGGUGUUUCUUUAGCUGCUGCAAUCAUGUCACUGAGCUAUUCAACUAUAGCAUGGGUGGGCUGUGUGGGCAAAGGCAGAAUCCCGAACGUGAGCUACGCAUACAAGAAAACUAGUCCAAUGGACUACAUGUUUCGAGUCUUCAACGCGUUAGGGCAAGUUUCAUUUGCUUAUGCGGGCCACGCCGUGGUACUUGAGAUACAGGCCACAAUUCCAUCAACGCCCGAGAAGCCCUCCAGAAUACCAAUGUGGAAAGGUGCUGUAUGGGCCUAUUUUGUCAAUGCCCUCUGCUAUUUCCCCGUUGCUUUCAUCGGUUACUGGGCAUUUGGCCAAGACGUCGAUGACAACGUGCUCGUGGGACUUGAAAGGCCAUCUUGGCUCAUUGCAGCUGCUAACUUGAUGGUGGUUGUUCAUGUCAUAGGCAGCUAUCAGGUUUAUGCUAUGCCAGUGUUUGAUUUGAUGGAGCAAAAAAUGGUGAAAACUUGGAAUUUCCCACCUGGAGUACUGCUGAGAUUCUUCGUUCGUACUACAUACGUUGCUUUCACUUUGUUUCUUGGUGUAACAUUCCCUUUCUUUGGUGAUCUUCUUGGUUUCUUUGGAGGAUUUGGUUUUGCUCCUACUUCUUACUUUCUCCCAAGCAUAAUGUGGCUUAAGAUCAAGAAACCAAGGAGAUUCAGUAGCUCAUGGUUGAUAAAUUGGGCAUGCAUAUUUAUUGGAGUAUUCAUUAUGAUAGCUUCCACAGUUGGUGGACUAAGGAAUAUUGUUGCUGAUUCUUCGUCCUAUGAGUUCUAUUCAUGAAGAUGUUGCUGCGUUAUUAUAGAAAAGAAUACACUUGAGUUUAACAUAAAUCUAUUUAUGUACUAAAAACUAGUACUCCUAGUAACUUGGAGUGAAUCUAAUCCAGAAAAAAGAAGUUAAGAUUUCACUAUUUAGAAGUACUAGUAGUUAUGUUAAGAUUUCUCAUUCAGAAUAUUAGCAAAUUUCCUUUUUAUCAAUUAUCCAAUUUAAGUUGGAUUCUAGAACUGAGCUGAGUUUCAGAAGAUUAAACAUAUCUUGUAAUGACAGUUCUGUUUUUCUAUGGAAAAAAAUUAUUGUCUUCUGUAA